CCGAGAUAAGAAGAGCCAGCCGCGCGGACCGCCGGCCUUUCGGUGGAGGCGGCAGGCGAGAGAACGCCGGGCGAAGCGCCGAGGCUUCAGGGCGUCGUCGGGGGGCAGCGGCUCAGCGCGCACCUGCUGCCGGCGUCGAGGAUGGAACCCGGCGACGGCGGAGAGAAGAGGCACCUCCUGAAUGGCGGGGAAGCCAGGUCUUAUUUAGGCGUCCCAGGAAAGGACUUGCAUCACCCUGUGCUUGGCUACAUCCCAGACCUUGCCUCCAUUGAGCUCGGCCUCAAGGGGAAUCAGCACUGCCACUCCAGCUGGGCCUCUGGCAAUGGCUAUGACUCUGAAAAAGUGAGAGCUCGAAGGAAACUCUAUAUCGCCUCUGUGAUCUGCUUGGUCUUCAUGAUAGGGGAAGUUGUGGGGGGAUACUUUGCUCACAGCCUGGCCAUCAUGACUGAUGCCGCCCACCUCCUGACCGACUUUGCCAGCAUGAUGAUCAGUCUCUUCUCUCUCUGGAUGUCCUCUCGGCCACCUACCAAGACCAUGAAUUUUGGCUGGCAUCGAGCAGAGAUUUUGGGAGCUCUGCUGUCGGUGCUGUCUAUCUGGGUGGUGACUGGUGUUUUGGUCUACUUAGCCGUGCAGCGACUCAUCUCGGGCGAGUAUGAGAUAGAAGGGAGUGCUAUGCUCAUCACCUCUGCCUGUGCAGUGGCCGUGAACAUCAUAAUGGGAGUUGCUCUUCACCAGUCAGGACACGGGCACAGCCAUGAUGGGCACAGCCAUGACGGGCAAAGCCAGGGACGGAAUCCCAGCGUCCGAGCUGCCUUCAUCCAUGUGGUUGGAGAUCUUAUACAGAGCAUCGGGGUCUUGGUGGCAGCCUACAUCAUCUACUUCAAGCCAGAGUACAAAUACGUGGAUCCCAUCUGCACCUUCCUGUUUUCCAUCCUGGUUCUUGGAACAACACUGAGCAUCCUCCGAGAUGUUCUCCUUGUGCUGAUGGAAGGCACCCCAAAGGGCGUGGACUUCAAUGAUGUGAAGACGAUGCUGCUCUCCAUCAGCGGUGUGAAAGCCCUUCACUCUCUCCACAUAUGGGCUCUCACGGUGUCUCAGCCGGUGCUGUCAGUCCACAUUGCUGUCAAUGAAGAUGCGGAUGCACAGACUAUCCUGAAGGAAGCUAGUUCCCGACUGCAGAAGGCCUUCAAGUUCCACACAACUACGAUCCAGAUAGAGAAGUACUCCGAGGACAUGAGAGACUGCCAGGAGUGCCAAAGCCCUUCUGACUGACUGACUCUUGCCCAGUUGCUCAGCAACCUAUGGGUGGAUAAACCUGUCAAAGUGGUCACCUCCAGGUUCCUACCGUUUUGACUUACAGAUCACUUGUGGCCAAAUAAUUCUUUCAGAGCCACCCAUGUGCCAAUUCAUAGGGUCGUUGGGGAGGAAUCAAUGUUGCUGCCUUUUACUGAAUGAUGCGUAUUGCUGACACAUCGUCUUCCCCCCUCUAUUAUUCUUGGUCCUUUCUCUCCAUUUUAUCACAUGUGGCAAUUGAUUCUUAAUGUUUCAUAAAGAGAAUACAUUUCAGAAUAAAAUGAGUUUAUGUAAA